AUGGCUUCUAGUAGGCUCGUUCAGAGAAAGAAGAAGCGGGCGCUCAACUGUAUAAGUCUGUUUGAUCAGGUCGUUUGCAAGUCACUCAAGCUUUUUCAACAAGACUUUGGUGCUGACGAGACAGCGCUCAAGCUAUUGGAUGUUUUGUGGAAGUCAGAAGACAAGUGGCAUACUGCAGUCGGGAAACUUGUACGUGAAGUCAGAAGAUUGCACAGUGAGAUUUCGAGUUUGAGAGCGUUGCAAGUAAGCAUUUAUUUUAUGCUUUAUCCUAGUCACAAGGCACGAACACAGGAGCUUUUAGAAACGGAGUCCAACCGUCGUCGUCACGCUGAGCACUGUAGGGAUAGAUUGAGACGAAAAAUUGACGCCAUACGUGAGGUUUUGGAGGGGAACGAUGUUGACCAAGCCCGACGUUAUCUGGAGAAUAUUGACAAGUCCACGAUGAUUGGUGACAAAUCAGUGCAAUCCACAAAGCUGGAACACUCUGCCGGUUCUCUGCUGGAUACGGCGAACGUAUCGGAUGAUUCUGAAAUGGACGCUUGCCGAAAGGAAACUUGUGGCCGAACAUCAAAAUCCAGACGUGCGAGCUCAGCGGGGCAUGCAAUGGAUAUGGUUCGAGGACCGCUGCGUCGUUCCGCUAGACUCAGCAAAUUGCGAGCUUCAUCUGCUCCAAAGAUUGUUGCGCCCGACCUGUCAACGGAACACAGUCAACAUGGUUACAGUAAAUCACCACCAGCUGGGCACAAGCGGCGGUCUGACGAUUCGGACAAUUCCUACUACGGCGUAGAGAUGAAGCGUAGUCUUCUGACCAUACCACAUACGGCGCAUCACCUACCCUCUACGGUGACGGGAGAGGAUUCAGACUCCUCCAACUUUCAUUUUAUCUCGAUCGGCCGGCAACAGAACACAAACAACGCCACCACACCGACUUGUCCGAUACCAUCAAAUGACCACUGGAUAUCAAGUUUGCUAGUUCUGAAUGAUGCUAUGAUAUCCAUACCGACAGACGUCGAAUAUCUUGACGCACACAAGCCCAUGAAACGCCAACUAGUUAAGAGUCUAAGGAUAGACCGAGAUCUUCUGUGGACAGUGGAAGCCCAGUGGAUGAAGAAGCCUUUUGCCACCGAAAAUAUUCGUGCUAUAUACCCCUUAAUACGACCGACUGGCCACAGCCACUACCAUUGA